AUGAUGAUGAUGAUGAUGAUGAUGAUGAUGAUGCCCGAGCCGCUCUGCCUGCCCGCCUGCUCCUUGAGCUGUGGCAAGCGAGGUAAGCGCUUUGUGCCGCUCUGCUGCAUCCCGGAGGGAUGGGCAGGGCUGCGGCUGGAUCGGGGUGGAUCGCUCCCGGCUCUCCGGGGCUCCGCUCCGGCCGGGAGGACGCUGCGGGGUCCCGCUGGGCUCCGCGGGGAUGGGGACAGCAGCCGGGAGUGGUUUGGGCGCUCCGGGGCCGGGAACAGCAGCCGGGGGUGGUUUGGGCGCACCGGGGCCGGGAACAGCAGCCGAGGGUGGUUUGGGGAUUCCGGACUCGGAAACAGCAGCCGAGGGUGGUUUGGGUGCUCCGGGGCCGGGAACAGCAGCCGGGGGUGGUUUGGGGAUUCCGGACUCGGAAACAGCAGCCGAGGGUGGUUUGGGUGCUCCAGACCCGGGAGCAGCAGCCGAGGGUGGUUUGGGCACUCCGGGCCCGGGGACAGCAGCCGGGGGUGGUUUGGGCGCUCCGGGGCCGGCCGGAGAGGAGCCGGGGGUGGUUUGGGCAUUCCGGACCCGGGGGUGAUUUGGGCAUUCCGGGCCCGGGGACAGCAGCCGGGGGUGGUUUGGGCGCUCCGGACCCGGGGGUGGUUUGGGCACUCCGGACCCGGGGGUGAUUUGGGCACUCCGGACCCGGGGGUGAUUUGGGCAUUCCGGGCCCGGGGACAGCAGCCGGGGGUGGUUUGGGAGCAGGGGCGGCCGCGGCGGUGGCACUUGUGGCAGCGCUGCGCGGCCGAGGUCAGGGCGGCUGUCAGCAGAAAUGUGUCAUACGGGAAAAAAAAAAAAAAAAAAAAAAAAAGAAAAAAAAAAAAAAAAGAAAGAAAGGAAGAAGAAGGAAUAUUUCGGUUCUCAGCGAUUGUCGCGAGGUUUUUUCCCGGCGCGUUCCGGCCCGAGGCACUUCGGGAGUGCGUUUUUGGGGGGUCGGGCAUCUCCAGCGUGCUGGGGGUGGUCCGCAGAGGGUUCAGAGGGUUCUGCUGCCCAAAACUACUUCAGCAGCCCCAGAAAGAGCUGGGAGAGCCCUGAGCCCUGGCGAGGAGGGAGCAGCGGGCACGCCGGGGUGUCCCAGUUCACCUUCCUGAGGGCAGAUCCCAGGGGUGCUCCCAGGGCAGAUUUGGGGGUGCUCCGGGGGGAUUUGUGUGUCUGGGGCUGUGCCAGGGACACGCGGGGCUGUGCCAAGCCGCGGAUCCUUUCCCCCGCGGGCAUGGGGGGCACCCCAAAAUCAGGGCAUCCCGAGGCUUUCCCGGAGCCCGAGCUCGGCCCUGCUCCUCCCAGGCGGAUCCAGGAGGAAUUCUGAGGGUGCAAAGCUGCAGCAGGGAACCUCGCAGGAGAUUUAGGAUCAAGAAAUGAACCUCUCCAGGUUGAGUGUUUGGGAUUUAGCACAGCGGAACAACCCCAAAAUCCUCUUGCUUUGCUCAGCAGCGGAUCCCAAACUUCCCAGAAAUAACUGAGCUUUCCAAGGGGUGGCUCAGAAUUCCCAAAAACUCCAGAAAACGGGAGAUGGGGGGGGGUCCUGUCCAGCCCAGCUGCACUUGGGCUCGGGUAGGGUGAGACAAAGGGUUCCCAACGCUCCUCUCCAUCCUCUGAUUAAUUCCUACAAAACUGAGUGGCCACUUUUAUCCCUUUGGAAUAUUCGCAGGGGAUUUGAUGGUCUGGGUUAGGAUUUUCUCCGUGGAUUUACCACAAAUAAACCAUAAAGGGCAGAAAACCCAAACCGUGCCGUUAGGAUGGGAUUUACAGGGAGAUCGGGAUGGGUUUUGCAGGGAGCUCGGGAUGGGAUUUACAGGGAGAUUGGGGUGGGAUUUACAGGGAAUUCGGUAUGGGGGUUCAGGGUGAUCGGCAUGGGAUUUACAGGGAGGUUGGGAUGGGAUUUGCAGGGAGAUCGGGAUGGGGUUUCAGGGAGUUUGGGAUGGGAUUUUCAGAGACAUUGGAGUGGGAUUUGCAGGAAGAUUGGGAUGGGAGUCUCAGGGAGUUCGGGAUGGGGUUUCAGGGAGUUAGAAAUGGGGGUCUCAGGGAGUUUGGGUGGGGUUUUCGAGGAGCUCGGGAUGGGAUUUCCAGGGAGAUUGGGGUGGAGUUUUAAGGGAGAUUGGGAUGGGAUUUCCAGAAAGUUUGGGUGGGGUUUUCGGGAAGUUCAGGAUGGGAUCUCCAGGGAGUUUGGGUGGGGUUUUCAGGGAAUUUAGGAUGGCAAUUUCCCCAUCUUCCAUGGGUUUGCUCAGCGCGGCUCUCCAGCUGCACAAAAUCCCUUUCCCUGAACGAAAAAUCUUUCAUUUUCCAUUACAAACACCCCCGGUCCCGUUGUAAAAUCCAGGAUCCCACUGGGAUGAUCCAAGGGACAUUCCCAGCCGGAGCCGGCCGUGAAUCCCAACCCCAGCCCUGCCCAGCAACCCUGACCCUAAAUUAGGACAUUUAUUACCUACCGGACAUCCCUAAAAAAGAUCCAUAAAAUCCAGGCGGGACCAGGAAAAUCUGUUCAGAGCUGAUCCCUGACAAGGCCGGGAAUGUUUGGAGCCCGAACCCCAAACCCAAGGGCGGCAGGGAAGGUUGGAACAUUUCCCGGGAAGAAGGAACAUUUCUUGGGAAGAAGGAACAUUUCCCGGGAAAAUGAACAUUUCCCGGGAAAAAGAACAUUUCCGGGAAAAGGGAGCAUUUCCUGGGAAGAAGGACCAUUUCCCGGGAAAAGGGAGCAUUUCCUGGGAAGAAGGAACAUUUCCCGGGAAAAGGGAGCAUUUCCUGGGAAGGAGGAACAUUUCCCAGGAAAAGGGCACAUUUCCCGAGAGGCGUUGGCAGCACCGGGAAUGUGCCAGUGGGAAUAUCUGUGACUUUAAGAGGCACUAACCAGGAUUUGGGGCCGGUGUCGCCUCCCGAAUUCCCGCUGGGAUCACUCCUGGGGGGAUUUCCAGACUUCCAGCCCCUUUCCGGCUGCUCUGGGCUGAGUUUUGCGUUGGAGCUCGAGUCUGGAGCGGGAGUUUAGAGCUCAACCCCAGCCCCGUGCCCAGCCUGGGGGGAAUUCCCUUCCCGAGCCGAAAUUCCCCCAUCCCUGGGGGCUGGAAAUCCAUGGAAAAAUCUCCCGGCUCUUCCCGCUGGUCCCCUUGGCUUUGUCACUUGUCCCAAGGCUUUGGCUCAGGUCUGAGCCACCCCGAGGGUCCCGAGGUGAGCCAAGCCCAGAAGCCCCAGGAGCUCCAGCUCCAAACCCCUGGGAAUUUUCCAAGGGAUAUUUCCAUAGCUCAGGUUGGAAUCCCAUCCCCCCCCGAGAUGGGAACGGGUUUGUUUGGAGAGGAAAAAGAGAAUUAAAAUAUAAUUAAAAUGAAAUAAGAAAAUGAUAAGGAAAAGGAAAAGGAAAAGGAAAAGGAAAAGGAAAAGGAAAAGGAAAAGGAAAAGGAAAAGGAAAAGGAAAAGGAAAAGGAAAAGGAAAAGGAAAAGGAAAAGGAAAAGGAAAAGGAAAAGGAAAAGGAAAAAAAAAAAUUUUUUUAAAGCUCGCUGCAAAGCUCACAUGUAAAAUUCACUCUGCCCAGAGCAGAAAAGUCCCACUCAUAAUAAAAUAUUCUUUUUUUUCCCCCCCCUCCCAAUUCGAUUUUCCCCCCAAGCCCACCCCGCCCACUCCCCGUUCCAUGUCCGGGGCCAAAGGCACCUCCCGGCUUUGUCUCCCGCACAAAGGCAGAGUUUGGAUGGAAAGGAAACUCCCCCGAGCCCCGGGGACAGCGACCCGCGGGGCUGCGGCCAAUUAUUCGGGAAAAGCAGGAGCAGGGAGAGAGGGAGCGGCCGGAGAUCCUGCUGGGAUCCCACCAGAGCCGGGAACAGAAGGAGCCAAACCUCGGGUAUUUGAUCCUCCUCAAGCCCGUUCUGCUCCGAUUAAAUAUAUUAUUAUUAAAUAUAUAAUGAUUUUAAA